CGCCGUCCCACACUCAAGUCCCGUCUUUUUUUUUUUAUGUCAAUAUAUCCGAAUUCAAUUACGCUUUCACUGAUCAAAUCAAAUAAAAUCGGUCAUUAAAUGAUAAAAUUUUUUUAUAUCUACAAAAAUUUGAAUAAAAAAAAAUAUCCAACUAUUUGAAUCACUUGGUAAGUCCCGUCUUUUUCCUGGUCUUUUUCCUCGGUCCUCAGUCUCCUCGCCAUCACCACUUUCCCUUUUCCUUAUGCUUCACUCUCACAUUUCCUGUCGGCUGAGCCAUGAAAUCCGCUCGGAAGCUCAGGUUUUCCUCCGCCGCCACCGCCGCCGCCACCGCCGCCGCCGUCACCUAUACACUCCCAAAUGACAGCCCAGUCUCGGAAACACCUAUCACCGUCCAACUCUCGCCGCCUCAAUCCCACUCCUCCGCCGCCACGAAGAUCCAGUCCACUUACCGGGCCCACCUGCUCCGGUCCCUCUACAAGACGAUCUCCGCCGUCGAUUCCGAGGCCGGACGGCUCCAGCGCCUGAUCCAGCGGCAGGAGACAGUGGACUCCCUCCGCAGCAGCGAGCGGGAGAGGCUGAGGAUGAACGAGUCUCUGAUGGCGCUACUGCUGAGUCUGGACGCGGUCCCGGGUGGGAUCGACCCGGCGGUGAGGGAGGCUCGGAGGAAGGUUAGCCGACGGAUCGUGGGGCUGCAGGAGAUCGUGGACGGCAUCUGCGGGAGCAGCGCCGGCGGUCGGGAGUGCAUGAGCAUGGAGGGGUACGGGUGGGAGUGGGAGGAGGCGUUGUGGGGAAUGGAGGCGGAGGUAUGUAGGGAGAGGGGAGGGGAGGAGAUGGAGCGGUUCUGCGCUCAGUAUUUGGGGUUCCGUUGCCUCGAGAGAUUCCUCCGGCAGCCAUGAAAGGACAGUGGAAGAAGAAGCCAAUGUAUGCUUACGUCGAUAUAAUACAAUAUAUACUGCUUGUACUUGUACUAAAGAUCUUCUUUUUUUUUUUGUGGCUUGUCUUUUUCUUUUUUUUUUUCCCUUCUUAAUUAAUGGAAAAUGUAUAUAUAUGGUAAAGUUCUACUCAUAUAUAUGUAAUGUGUAAUAUAAAGGGCAUAUUAUAAAUUCCAUAGUAAUGUAGGUAGCGUUUGGUUUCAUAGCAAAAUUUUAAAAUCAGAUUUUGAUUUUGAUUUUGAGUGGAAUAAAUGGGGCUCACCCUUUGACUUUGUA